UGUUUGUAAAUGGCAAGUGUGAAAAAUUACUCAAUACAGUCUCCAUGUCUCUAACCCUUUCUCCACUUCCUUCCCCCAUUCUCACUCCUCUCCAAAAGGGAAGCUAGCAGCAGAUUGUGGAAGGAUUUGAGUCUGCAGCUAGAGAGAAGGGGAUUAGGGCCAGAGCGGUGCAAGUUAAAUUGUGCUGCAUAUAAAAAAUGGGCGGAUUGGUCUCCAGAUCCAGAGGCUGGUACCACCUUCCUUUCUAAAAUAAAAUCUCUCUGGCAUGAAGUCACCGCCUAUUUCACAUCCGGUUUGCCCUGGGACGUAUUACUACUGUCUUGGUAAAGAGAAAUCUUUUGUUGUAUAGCUGCAGAUUGGACAUUGGGAAGCGAAUUUGGGUGUGAAAUCUUCAGCAAAGGAGCACGCAGGGUCCAUGAUGGCUCAGACCGAGUGAGUGAGAGGCAGCGCGAGGACGCCGCUGCGCUCCGCUCGCCGCGCGCCCGGACUCGCGGACUCGCGCCGGCUUCAGCCUCUCCACGAUUUCCUCUCGCAGACUUUUCCCAGGUCUUGUGCGAUCCUGUGCCCAGAGGGGGCCGAGCUGCUCAUGUCCGCGAUGAAGAGAAGUCUGGGUCUCUCUGAGUAUCUUUGGGCCUGGACCCUCCUUCUGGGCACAUUGACUGGAAGAAGCUAUGGACAGCCCUCAUUGCAAGAUGAACUUAAAGAUAAUACAACUGUCUUCACCAGGAUUUUAGACAGACUCCUGGAUGGUUACGACAAUCGCCUAAGACCCGGACUGGGAGAGCGUGUAACCGAGGUGAAGACUGACAUCUUCGUCACAAGUUUCGGACCCGUUUCAGACCAUGAUAUGGAAUACACGAUUGAUGUAUUUUUCCGUCAAAGCUGGAAGGAUGAAAGGUUAAAAUUUAAAGGACCGAUGACAGUUCUCCGGUUAAAUAACCUAAUGGCAAGUAAAAUUUGGACCCCAGACACCUUUUUUCACAAUGGAAAGAAGUCAGUGGCCCAUAACAUGACCAUGCCCAACAAACUGCUGAGAAUCACAGAAGACGGCACCUUGCUGUACACCAUGAGGCUGACCGUGAGAGCAGAAUGUCCAAUGCAUUUGGAGGACUUUCCUAUGGAUGCUCAUGCCUGCCCACUAAAAUUUGGAAGCUAUGCUUAUACAAGAGCAGAAGUUGUUUAUGAGUGGACCAGAGAGCCAGCACGCUCAGUGGUUGUGGCAGAAGAUGGGUCACGCCUAAACCAGUAUGAUCUUCUUGGACAAACAGUGGACUCUGGAAUUGUACAGUCCAGUACAGGAGAAUAUGUUGUUAUGACCACUCAUUUCCACUUGAAGAGAAAGAUUGGCUAUUUUGUUAUUCAAACAUACCUGCCAUGCAUCAUGACAGUUAUUCUCUCCCAAGUCUCUUUCUGGCUUAACAGAGAGUCUGUACCAGCAAGAACUGUCUUUGGAGUAACAACUGUGCUCACAAUGACAACUUUGAGUAUCAGUGCCAGAAAUUCCCUCCCUAAGGUGGCUUAUGCAACAGCUAUGGAUUGGUUUAUUGCAGUAUGCUAUGCCUUUGUAUUCUCAGCUCUGAUUGAGUUUGCCACAGUAAACUAUUUCACCAAGAGAGGUUAUGCAUGGGAUGGCAAAAGCGUGGUUCCGGAGAAGCCAAAGAAAGUGAAGGAUCCUCUCAUUAAGAAAAACAACACUUAUGCUCCGACAGCAACCAGCUACACCCCUAAUUUGGCCAGGGGUGACCCCGGCUUAGCCACCAUUGCUAAAAGUGCAACCAUAGAACCAAAAGAAGUCAAGCCCGAAACAAAACCACCAGAACCCAAGAAAACCUUUAACAGUGUCAGCAAAAUUGAUCGACUGUCAAGGAUAGCCUUCCCACUGCUAUUUGGAAUCUUUAACUUAGUCUAUUGGGCUACAUAUUUAAACAGAGAGCCUCAGCUAAAAGCCCCCACACCACACCAAUAGUUCGACUUAGUUAUGUUCUGUUGUUUAGCCCUCUGCACUGGGAGUUGCUUCCUAUUCUCAAUGCAGUAAUUCCCGUCUGCUUUAUUGCCUCUGUCUUAAAGAAUUUGAAGGUUUCCUUAUUUCCAUAAUUCAUAUAAGAACAAGAGACCCCUGUCUGGCAGUCCAGAGCAGAGCAGCAUAUACAGCUUGGAGACAGGAUUCUGAGAGAGGAAACGAGAGAGCAAAAUCAUGUCAGAAGGAGACAGAACAAGAGAGGAAAGGGGAUGCAAGAAGGUCCAAAGAUAGGAGGAAAAGUAGAAGAGAAACAAAAGAACCCCUAGGUCAUUUGUAGAUGUAUAUUUCCAAAUAUUCUUAAAGAAUAUUGUAUAUGUCAAAAUAUUUUUAUGUGAAGAUGUUUAAAGAAUAAACUAUAAAAGUUUAAAGAAGAAAAAUUUUUAAAGAAAUCUAUUGCACAAACUAUGAUGUGCUUACAUUUUUGUUAUUUUAUUGACAUAUAGCUUUAAUGUUUUGUUUCCAAAGAUAACAAUACCCAAUUUUUUCCUCUCCUUAAAACCCCAAAUGCAUUAUUUUUAAUUAAAUGCUAUUUUAAAAUUCAUGGAAAUCCCAUAGGUAAAGGUGCAGUUGCUCGCAAAAGAGCAUAUUUAACCAAGUGGAGAAAAAUGCUUUCAACAGGCUACUUCACUAUCUGAGUUUUCACUGCUAAAUUCAAUGAAGAAUCAUUUUGACAAAGUGUACACUCAAUAGAAGCUAAUAAAUAAAUAAAAUAAUUUAAAGGUAUUCUGUUUUCCACUCUAUUCUCAGCACAUUGGCCCAAUAAUCACCUGAUUAUCAAAGUAAAGGAAUUUUUAGAGGGGCAAAAAUAUUUUGCAAGCUCUAGAAUAGUUGAAUGUAUUCUUUUGUAUAGCUACACUUAAAGUUUUAGAUUGAAAUUUAUGACUAGAGAACAAAAAUAGAAUAUACAAAUUAUAAAUGUAAAUAUUUAGCAUGAGAUUGUACAUUUUUUACUUUUCUAAAAAAUUCUGUUAUUAAAAUAUUGUGUAGAAAUCACCACUCUCAGCUGUUUGAAUGCUGUUAAAUUCUAUGGAAAUACAUUUAGAGCCUACAUUUAAGAACAGAAUAGCCUGCAGGAAUCAGACUGAACUUAAACCAUAUGGGUAUGAAGUCCCCUUAUGCAGAAAAAGUUUAUCAUUUCAAAUGGUUGUCUGGUGUACAGUAGUAGAUCAGUUGUUAUCUGCUCAAGUUCUGCCACACCACAUUUCCCUAUUUUAGGCUAUUGUAAUAUAGAAAGCAAAUGGGAACUAGAAAAUCAACUGUAUAUUAUUGCUAUAUUUGCUGAUACCAACUAUUUCAAUAAGUGUUGUACCAUAUGUAGCAUUAAAUAUAAAAUACAUGAAAGGAUGUACAGGAAAUAGCUUUUAUUGAAUAAUAUUAUUACAUUUCAUUUAUACUGUAGCAAUAUAUUUGUAGGUAUACUAUGUAAGGGCUUUAAAUACAAAAGGUUCAUUAAUAUUCCCUAAAAAAUUCUAGUCUGUUCAUUACUGCCCAGAUGUUUUAGAGAUAAAUAUUUAUGCAGAAGGUAUUUUUGAAGUCUCCUUUUGUUUGAUAGAGUUUCACAGAUACUUCAAUUUAGCGUUCAGAAUCCACAGGUCAUGGUCUGAACACAUUUAGAAUACUACAACAUAAACUUGUUAGCAUAAUUGCCAAAUAAGACAGUUGGGAUCCAUAUUCACAUUUUGAGCAACGCUUUUCUUAAAAAGCUACUAUCCAAUGAUAAAGGAAAAUACAUCGUUUGUGUUUUCCUAAAGCAUCAUUUUCUUUCGCAAUGUACCUCAUUAUUUGCUUUUGUCCUGCCUGACUUCAUGAGCUAGGCCAAAAAAAGGCUGAACCAAGGGUGUUUCAUCCUGUGGUACCAUGUGUAGAUAUUAUGUAUAGGAAAUAAAAUAAAUUAUGGCUCUGAUUUCUGUGUUUCUGUUUAUCUUGUUAUUUUCCGGCGUUAACCUAAUGUGUUUAUUGAGAGCAUUUUAUCCCCCGGACUCCUCAUGGAUAACUUUUGGUCUGUAUUUUGCUCAUUAGAUGUGACUAUCUCUUAUUAGUCUGCUUUCUGCUAUGCAAUGACUGCAUUUCUAUCAUUUCUUAGUUUGUUAGUAUUUGUGGAAAAUAUUCUAUUAUAUAAAUUGAUUGCACAGUUUAUCAAAGACAGAAUUAUUCUAUGUAGCUUUUCUACAGUGCUUUGCUAAACCAUGUAACAGUAGUUAAGUCUUCCUUCAAAAUAAAGAUACACUCUUAUAGAGGACAGUUCCUGUUUACUCCCAGGAAAAUUUUUUAAGAUGACAUUGAAUGUUUAUUGCACUUAGUGCAGUGAAGUGGCAAUAAAACCUAACAUGAGUCAAGGUUGUUUAUGGCCGAUGCAUGUAUUGCUUUACGGAGUUUAGCAAAAGCUCUUAAUUUUAUGUCAUACUGUAUUCUAUUAUAACAAUAAAGCUAAUGUUAUUCAAUAAUAAAA